AUCCAGAAGCUGUGUGACAGAGUAGCUUCUUCCACGUUGCUGGAUGACCGGAGGGAUGCUGUCCGUGCUCUUAAGUCAUUGUCCAAGAAAUACCGGCUGGAGGUUGGCAUCCAGGCCAUGGAGCACCUCAUCCAUGUUCUCCAGACAGACCGUUCAGAUUCUGAAAUAAUUGGCUAUGCCUUGGACACUCUCUACAAUGUAAUAUCGAAUGACCUAGAAGAGGAGGAGCAAGAUGACUCUGAAGAAGAAAACUCAGCAAAACAAGUGGAUGAUUUGGGAAGUCAGUUCACAGAGAUUUUCAUUAAACAGCAAGAAAAUGUCACACUCUUGUUGACUCUUGUGGAGGAAUUUGAUUUCCAUGUUCGCUGGCCUGGAGUGAAACUGCUCACAUCUCUGUUAAAGCAGCAAGGGCCUCAAGUGCAGCAGAUCAUUCUUGUCAGCCCCAUGGGUGUGUCCAGACUGAUGGAUUUACUAGCAGACUCUAGGGAGGUUAUACGAAACGAUGGAGUCCUGUUGUUACAGCAAUUGACCAAAAGUAAUGCAGCCAUACAGAAGAUUGUUGCCUUUGAAAAUGCUUUUGAGAGACUUCUGGAUAUCAUAACAGAGGAAGGAAACAGCGAUGGAGGAAUAGUAGUGGAAGACUGUCUCCUCCUAUUACAGAAUUUGUUGAAGAACAAUAAUUCCAAUCAGAACUUCUUCAAAGAAGGUUCAUACAUUCAGCGCAUGAAGCCUUGGUUUGAAGUUGGAGAUGACAACUGUGGCUGGUCUGCACAGAAAGUAACUAAUCUUCACCUCAUGCUGCAGCUUGUACGUGUCCUGGUGUCUCCCACAAACCCUCCUGGUGCCACCAGCAGCUGCCAGAAAGCCAUGUUCCACUGUGGCUUGUUACAGCAGCUCUGCACAAUCCUCAUGGCAACUGGAGUACCUAUUUAACUUUUGGCUCUGCCCUUUCCCUAGACCAUUAACACUGUAUCAGAGGUCAUCCGAGGAUACCAGACCAAUCAAGACUACUUUGCCUCUGUAAAUGCACCUUCUAAUCCACCAAGGCCUGCCAUCGUGGUGCUGCUGAUGUCCAUGGUGAACGAGCGGCAGCCCUUCGUGCUGCGCUGUGCUGUGCUCUACUGCUUCCAGUGCUUCUUGUACAAAAACCAGAAAGGACAGGGAGAGAUCGUCUCCACGCUCCUGCCAUCCACUAUUGACGCUACAGGUAACUCGGUGUCAGCCGGUCAGCUGCUCUGCGGGGGCCUCUUCUCCACGGACUCGCUGUCCAACUGGUGUGCGGCUGUGGCCCUGGCCCAUGCUCUGCAGGAGAAUGCCACACUCAAGGAGCAGCUCCUGAGGGUGCAGCUGGCCACCAGCAUCGGCAACCCACCUGUGUCCCUGCUGCAGCAGUGCACCAACAUCCUGUCCCAGGGUGAUAAGAUCGACCGACGGGGCAGCAAAGUACAGACCAGGGUUGGACUACUGAUGUUGCUUUGCACUUGGCUAAGCAACUGCUCCAUUGCUGUCACCCACUUCCUUCACAAUCCAGCCAAUGUCCCUUUUCUCACAGGGCAGAUAGCUGAAAACCUUGGAGAAGAGGAGCAGCUUGUUCAAGGCCUCUGUGCACUUCUGCUUGGCAUUUCCAUCUACUACAAUGACAACUCCCUUGAGAAUUAUAGGAAAGAGAAGCUGAAGCAGUUGAUUGAGAAGAGGAUUGGCAGGGAGAACUUUGUUGAGAAGCUUGGCUUCAUUAGCAAACAUGAACUUUAUUCCAGAGCUGCUCAGAAACCACAGCCCAGUUUCUCCAGCCCAGACCACAUGAUGUUUGAUCAUGAAUUUACCAAGCUGGUCAAGGAGUUGGAAGGUGUCAUCAGUAAAGCCAUUUACAAGUCCAGUGAGGAAGAUAAAAAGGAGGAGGAGGUCAAGAAGACAUUGGAACAGCAUGACAACAUAGUGACUCACUACAAGAAGGUCAUCAGAGAGCAGGACCAGGAGCUUGAAGAGCUAAAACAACGAGUUAACACUUUAACAUCUCAAAAUGAGCAGCUCCAGGCAACAGUGACACAGCAAGUGUCACAGAUCCAACAGCACAAGGACCAGUACAAUCUCCUCAAAGUACAGCUAGGAAAGGACUCCCAGCACCAUAACUCCCACAGUGACACGUUUCAGAUGAAUGGUAUCCAGACAGAAGAAGUGAGCAAGUUGAGAGAGGAGUUGGAAGAAUGGAAAAGCAAGCAUGAGCUGCUGCAAGGGCAGCUAAGGGAGAAGGAUUCUGUGAUAGAACAGUUGGAACUGGAAAUGCUCAGGAGUCAGAUACAGCUACAGGCUGCAGAAAUCUCUAAACUUCAGAUGGAGAAUCAAAAGCUACAGAGUACAACUGCAGAUCCAGUGCUGGGAGACAGUGGGGCAACAGCAGCAACCAGCUUGGAAUUGGAGGGACGACUGGAGCAGGAAAUCAAAGAACUGAAGAGUGAAGUCAAAGCUCUUUCUGAGGAAAAAGCAUCACUGCAGCAGCACCUUGACUCAACCAGUAGUACAGUUGCCAUCUUGCAAGAUGAGAAAAGCAAACUGCAGCAGGAAGUUGCAGAAUCCAAGAAGGAACAGGAUGAUCUUCUGGUGCUCUUGGCUGACCAGGACCAGAAGCUUUCUGCACUGAAGAUCAAGCUGAAGGACCUCGGUGUACCGGUUGAAGAUGAAGAUGAUAUUGAAUCUGGAGAUCAGGGGGAUGAAGAUGAGGAUGGAGAUGAAGAGGAGCAAGACUAG